AUCAUUUCGAAAAGGAAAAGAAAAAUUCUCUUCUCAGUCUCCACUUACCUAAAUUCCCUGCAACACCAAAUAAACCACGUUAUCAAAAUUUCAAGUAGAAAAAUUGAGAAAGAUAGAGUGAAGAAAAAGAAAUGGAGAAAAUACAGCACACAAUGGUGAGUACCAAUGGAAUAAAUAUGCACGUUGCAUCAAUUGGGUCAGGCCCAGUGGUUCUGUUCCUCCACGGCUUCCCGGAACUAUGGUACUCCUGGCGCCACCAGCUUCUGUCUCUCUCCGCCGUGGGCUACCGAGCAAUCGCCCCCGACCUCCGCGGCUACGGUGACACCGACGCCCCGCCCUCCGCUUCUUCUUACUCCGCUCUCCACAUCGUGGCCGACCUCGUUGGGCUUCUCGAUGCUCUGGGCAUCGACCAAGUGUUUUUGGUGGGUCAUGACUGGGGGGCUUCCGUAGCCUGGUAUUUCUGCUUGUUGAGGCCCGAUCGUGUGAAAGCCCUAGUCAACAUGAGUGUUGUGUUCCGCCCCAGGAACCCUAAACGAAAGCCCAUUCAGAGCUUAAGGGCCAUGUUGGGCGAUGAUUACUACAUCUGCAGGUUUCAGAAACCUGGGGAGGUUGAAGAGGAAUUUGCUCGUGCUGGUGCUGCGAGGAUAAUAAAGAAUUUUCUUGUUUCUCGUGAUCCACGUCCACCCAGUGUACCUAAAGAGAUAGGAUUUGGUGGUUCACCUGACCUUCAUGUUGCUCUACCAUCGUGGCUGACUGAAGAAGACGUCAAUUAUUAUGCCAGCAAAUUUGAACAGAAAGGCUUCACUGGUGGGCUCAACUACUAUCGCGCCAUGGACCUAACCUGGGAGCUCACGGCAGCAUGGACUAGAGUACAGAUUAAGGUACCGGUGAAGUUUAUUGUGGGAGACCUUGACAUUACAUAUAACACUCCAGGUGUGAAGGAGUAUAUACAUAAUGGUGGCUUUAAGAGAGACGUACCGUUUCUGCAAGAAUUGAUCGUGAUGGAAGGAGUAGCUCACUUUAUAAAUGAGGAAAGGCCAGAAGAGAUCAGCGCGCAUAUAUACGACUUCAUCAAGAAAUUUUAAUCCUUGCAGAAGUAUAUUAUGUGAAAGAACUCAACGCCAAUUCAAACCCACCCCCUAGCGACUGACAAUUGCAGUAACAAUGUCAAAAUAAAAUGGGGUUUGAUGAAAUGGCAGUAUAAUUCAAGAAAAAUGUUUCAGAUCAAUGAAAUAAUAUUAUCAAAAGCUAAGUUAUCUUUCA